GCCAUUUCCGGCUUUUUCUUAUCGAAUUUUGUUCCCCAGAAAAAACUAAAUAUCUUUUUAAUGGAGUGAGAAAAACGUCUAAAAUCAAAGAAAUCACACAAUAUAAGCAUGCCAAAGAGAAAGAGAAUAUCAUCAUCUUCAAGUUCGAGUUCAUCCAGUAGCUCUGGGUCUAGCAGCUCAAGUUCUUCGAGUAGUGAUAGUCCAGGAUCAAAGCCAAGCAAAAGUAAAAAUGAUGCCAAUGAUUCCUCAUCUCGAAGUCAGCGGUAUGCUAAGCGACAGAAAGUUGACUCCAGCUCAUCAAGUUCCAGCAGUUCAAGCUCAGACACAGAAUCAAGUGCACCUAGUCCAAUACCACCUCCUAAAAAACUGAAACUCCCCGAGAAAAAGAAAAGCCCAGUUAAAGUCCCACCCCCAGUUCAGAAACGCAGAUCAAAAGUUAUAGCUGAGACAGAACAUAUGACCCCCAUCAAAGGGUCCCCUAGGGUGGGGGGUAAAGCGCCACGACCAGUGCUGAAGUCCAAAGAUUCGAGAGCUAAUUCCAAACCACGAGGGCGGAUCGAUUCAAGAGUUACUUCUUCACUAGAGAUCGCACAAUCAAAGUCUUGCCCUACCCCAGGUUGUGACUCUGCAGGCCAUUUGACUGGUAAAUUUGAUCGUCACCACACAAUAUCAGGCUGCCCUCUCUAUCACAACAUGACAGCUAUAGAGUGCAAGGAAAAAUACAAGGUUCGACAGGUGCAGGCUGACAAACGUACAAAGAUGUUAAUUCAGAUUGAAAGCGGACGCAUAGGAACAAGGCACCAGAAUCCAUCAGAUGACCAAAGAAAACGAAAAAAGGAAGUGAAUGAGCUACGUAAAAAGCGUAGUGAAAUCACAGCUGAACAAGUUGAGAUUGCUAAAGACCACACUGUCCAGCAUCAGAACACUAGAGAGCCUCUGUUAAAUGGGUUAACAUGCAAGUUUGACUUGGAUAUGUUCAGGGAGGCGCAGGCGAGAGCAUGUGAACAUCAACAGAAUGAGGUGAUACAACACUACCAGCUCAGUGAGAAACAAGAAUAUAGACUAAAAAAGCUUGAACUGGGAAGAUUUGAAAUGGAUACUUGGUAUGCCUCGCCUUACCCUGAAGAAUAUGUACGUCUACCAAAAAUCUACAUUUGUGAAUUCUGCCUCAAAUAUAUGAAAACUUCAACUAUUAUGAGACGGCAUGCAGCUAAAUGUGUCUGGCGCCAUCCGCCUGGUGAUGAAAUAUAUAGGAAGGGCAAUAUAUCUAUGUUUGAGGUUGAUGGGAAGAAAAACAAGAUCUACUGUCAAAAUCUCUGUCUCUUAGCUAAGUUAUUCUUGGACCACAAAACGUUGUACUUUGACGUUGAGCCAUUCCUGUUUUAUGUUAUGACUGAGGCGGACAUGCAUGGGUGCCACAUUGUCGGAUAUUUUUCAAAGGAGAAGAAGUCAUUCCUGAACUACAAUGUAUCGUGCAUUUUGACGCUACCACAGAGCAUGAGGCAGGGCUUCGGCAAGAUGCUGAUUGAUUUCAGUUAUUUACUCAGCAGAGCAGAGGAAAAAAUUGGUUCACCAGAGCGCCCUCUGUCAGAUCUAGGUUUAAUCAGUUACCGUAGUUACUGGAAAGAUGUACUCCUCAACUAUCUCUAUAACUACUCAGAUACAGAUAUAUCAAUAAAAGACAUCUCUCAAGAGACAGCCAUUCAUGCCAAUGACAUUGUCAGCACAUUACAGGCACUAGGUAUGCUUAAAUAUUGGAAAGGAAAACAUAUAGUGCUCAAAAGACAGGAAUUAUUGGAGGAGUUCCUGUCAAAACAGGCCAGAAGACCCCUUGAUCAAAAAUCAAUUGAUCCUAACUCUCUGAAAUGGACUCCACCAGUGGAUUCUCCAACAUGAGAUAUGUGAUAGGGCCUAUUGCUGAAAUAGCCCCAAUAUAACCAUCUAUUGUAUAUAUUUGUAUAUAGCGUUAGCUGAAAAUGGACAUAGUUUAAUAUUCAUGUAUCUGUGCAUUAUGUGUGUAGGUGAAAUAUACGUAUAAAUGGGUUUGUAAAUGAUGUGUCUGGGAUCAAUAUGGAUGUAGCUAGAGAGUGGUCAAUCAAAACUGAAUAGCUUUCAUGUAGAUAAACAAAACUGAAUAGCUUUCAGGUGGAUAUACAAAACUGAAUAGCUUUGCUUUCAGGUGGAUAUACAUCAUAAUGUAUAUCCCUCUUAGUCUUUGCAUGUUCAUGUAACUUUAUAAGAGUGUGAAAUGGGAGGAAUUGAACUUAUAGGUUAUUGGUGAAAAUAAUGAAUAUAUAAAUUUUAUAGUGUAAGAUAGGGCCUGAACACUGGAAAACUAGCAAGUCUUGAACAAUUCAGUGCUUUAAGUCCUAACACCAUAAGGUGAUUUUCAGUUACACUGAGUGUUUGUUGAAUGUCUCUAGUUACAUACAAGCAGGACAAAAUCACUAUUUUCUAAGAGUAAAAUCUGUUUAACUAGUGAUGUUAGAUGUUUGUUUUAUAAAGAAGUAAAGCAGGUUUUGUUGCACCCAUUUGUAGUCAUUUGAUGUGAUAAAAUAGGAAUACAAUCCUGGUGAUUUCUACAGGGUGGCCCAAAAAGUAGGCCCCAAUAACCACCAAUAAUUUCUUAACUAUAAAUGAUGUCAACUUAUUUUGGACAGGUAUUAAGAAAGCAUUACAUGAUAACUAUAGUGUGACUUUAUCACACACAAAUUAGAGAUCAAGUACCUCAGAAUUGAACUGAUACCUUUUAUAGUUGUUAUGUUGAUAAUCUUAGGGGCUUCUUUUUGGGUCACUCUGUAGUCUAUAUAGUCAUAUAUUAUAAACAGAAAUCAUGAAUAUAAAAUCAUCUGGCUUAUUAUGUCACCACCGAAGUAGUGACAUAUUGUUAUAGU